UCUUUUCCGUAUACCUGACGCAAGUUUUCUGAACUCGCUUUAUUUCGUCCGGAAGAGAAAAGCAUACAGAAACCAAGUAGCACCGAACCCUUAUAAUGAAUUUUUAUUUGUAAUAGAGCUCACGUGUAAAACGUAAACAAAAUAUUUUUCCGUCAACGACUCUGCAACGAAUUCUAUUUUCCUAAUUUUAGUUGACUAUAAAGUACAUCUGAAAGUUGCAACAGUUAUGGCAUCAUCAUCUAAAAAGAAAUGUUCCAACGUACAAGUCACUGUACGCAUCAAACCGUGCAAGCCCAGCUCAGAUUAUAAGUCAGUUAUAUCCAAAGUGGCAGAAGACUCUAGAGCAUUAAAAAUUAAUGGCGAGUUAUUCACUUUCGAUCAUAUCAAAUGGGGGAAUGCAUCACAGGAACGUGUUUAUAAGGCAGUUGCAUAUUCCGUGGUUGAGAAAACACUCCAGGGAUACAGUUCUACAAUUUUGGCAUAUGGUCAAACUGGAAGUGGGAAAUCUUAUACAAUGGGAACUCUACUCCCACUGCUGAAUAGUUGGCACACCACUGGUUUGAUACAGCGAUGUAUAAAGCACGUCUUUGAGCAGAAUGCAAUUGAAGUUUCGAUGUCAAUAAUAGAGAUAUUAGAUGAAGAACCUCAUGAUCUACUGAAUAUGGGGAUUGCACUUGAGAUGCAUAAACACGUAGCAAUAAAUCCAAAAGUUCAAAAUAUCAAAACAAAAGAAGAAGGAUUUCAACUCAUUAAAGCAGCUCUUGAAUUGAAGCAAGAACAACUGUUGCCAUUGAAUGAUCCGCAAUCACACACAAUCGUGACACUUCAUCUAAAGAUUCCAGAUGGGGAAACAUUACUAGAAUCAAAAUUAAAUCUAGUAGAUCUAGCAGGAUCAGAAAUUCUUGACCAAAUGGAAGCUGAGAAUAAUCCAGCAUUUGUUAAAAAAGGUCACGUCAAUAAAAGUCUUUCAAUAUUAAAUAGAGUGAUUACAUCAAUUCCAGAAGCUGAGGGUUCAGUUUCAACAGUGCACAAUAACAGUACAUUGACAUCAGUUUUGAAAGGUUUUGUAGAUGCCAAGAGCCUUAUAUCUUUGGUAGCUUGCAUGACUACUCAUCCGUCUGAUUACAAUAAUACUAUGAAGGCACUACACUUUGCUGAACGUACGAAGAAUUUAGAAAUACACCCUCUGCAAAUGAACGAUACUACUUUGUGUACCAAAUUUACUAAUCGGCUGGAAGACACGACUCGACAACUUUCUACAUUAUUAUCACCAGCUGAAAGCACCGUCCUGAUUUUGGAUCCUGCAGAAGAUUCCGUGUCAGCAGCAUCAUCAAACUACAAGAUGAAAAUAUGUAGUGUAAUUCUCAAAAAGACUGACGAAAAUUUUUAUCGAGCUGAAAUGAAACAGGAUUCUAAAGAAAAUGUAACGCCAUUGAAGCCCACCGAUAUGCCUGUAAAAGAUGAACAACCGGGAUUGACUUCUGUCGAGCCUCUACAUUCGUUAGCUUCGACAGUCUCUAUUGGCGAACUACAAACUGAAAGUGAAUAUGACACUAGCGUAAGCACAAACUCGACCAGACCUAAACAAUAUCAAUGUGACACACUUCAAGGAGAUAGUUGUUCAAGCUCCCCAGUAGAUGAAACUAAUGCAAAACUGCACCUACCAACACUGAAAACCGAGAUAUCUGCAGAAAUGCAAUAUGAAUGCCCAGUUUUUGAUCUUGAAUUACUCAGUCCCAUUUUACCAAUGCAACCACAAUCUGUUCAUCAAGCUUCAAAUGUGACAGGUGGUGAUCAGGGAAAAGUCGGAAUAUAUCACCAACGAGGAAACAUGAUAAAAAGGAUGAAUGCUGUUAUAACAACUGAUUUUUUUGCACCCUCAAAUACAGAACUACAUGAUGCUGGUACAAUCUUAGAACGUAAACAAAUUAAUUGUCCCAGUUCAAGAAAAAUGAUGAGAUUUGCCGAAAACUGCUUACAAUCGAUGUUGAAGCAAGAUCCAGACUCACAGGAAUCGAAUGAUGAACGUUCAGACAAUGACCGUUCUGACAAUACUCAAAAUGAAACAAAAGAAUUGAAGUACAAGCGAAUGGCACAUAGUAAGAACAUUUUAAGAAUAUUAAAUACCAGUACUGCAGAACAACUGACAGCCUUGCCACUAAUUGGAUGCAAAACAGCGAUAACAAUAUAUCAAUACAGAUUGAUACAUGGAAACUUCAGAUCUCUGAAAGACUUAGAGAACAUCCCCAUUUGGACUAAAAAAGUUCGGGACAGAUUUUUUGCGGCAAAUAACGUGUUUCUGGAAUAGUAUUUCGUAUGCUCGCUGAACAAAGGUGGCAUUUUUUGCCGAUUUUAUACCUGCUUAUGCGCAAUAUCAAAAAAAUAUAUAAUAUACUCAAUUACUUACUUGAAAAUUUUGACUACCAUCGUUUUUAUACUUAUUUCAUAAGCUCCUUUUUUCUUUGCAUAAGUCUGUGAUAAAAAAUCGUAGUCACUUCAAAGAAAGUAUUUACAAACUUUCGAUAUGUUGUUUCAGUAAGGCUUUUUUCAGAAUUAGUCAUUAGUCAGUUAAAAUCACGCUAUUCAACUCAUGAAUUAGUAAAAUUUGAAUUUAACAGUACUGAUCUUUAACCGGUUUUAUUGAGAACACUGGAAAACUUUCAAUUUAUUGUUAGAGAAAAAAUUUCUUGUUUUUUAAUCCGUCUUGCGGGAUAUUUACACAUUGGUAUGUUAUAAAUAAGAGACACGAUAACGACGAGUGAAAUUGAAUGAGGAAACUUGUUGAAAUUUUAAUUUUCAGGCCGGUUGCGCAAGAUUUAAACUUGAACUGGUAUACGCAACUGUAGAAUUUAGAAGUGGGCAAUAGAAGAAAUAUAUAGUAACAUAGUGUUUACGUACGUUUGACCCCGUACAUUUUGU